GAAGCGGGAUCUACCCCCGGAGGCUCAGCAGUUCAUCUCUCGACGAGCAGAGAGGAGGACUCGUCCGGGGUGGCGGCUCUCUCCAAAGAUGUGAAGCCCAACGGCGCCUGCACGUCCACGCGGCCUGACAGAGGAAAGACCCGUCAUUCUGAAUAAAUGCCGACUGCGCCGCGAUUUUUGCUUUUUCGUGUUUUUUUAAAGACAUUUUUCACAUUUAGUAGCUUCGCUAUGGCAGUUCGGUCCACAUCCGGGCCACAGUGCUUUGACUCCAUUAUAGUCUAAACUAGCGGAGAGGUUCAAAAACAUUUUUUUUUUAUUUAUUUUUUACUUUUUGAAGAUAUUAUUUUUUUCAACCGUUGAGGUUGGAACCAAGAGGAAAUGUCUAACCAAGGAAUUCGGCGGAAUGGCCCCGUGAAGCUGCGACUAACAGUCUUGUGUGCCAAAAACCUUGCGAAGAAGGACUUCUUCCGCCUCCCUGAUCCCUUUGCCAAAGUAGUUGUGGAUGGUUCAGGACAAUGCCACUCUACAGACACUGUGAGGAACACGCUUGACCCCAAGUGGAACCAGCACUAUGAUCUAUACAUCGGGAAAUCAGACUCCAUCACCAUCAGUGUAUGGAAUCACAAGAAGAUUCACAAGAAGCAAGGGGCUGGGUUCCUGGGCUGUGUCCGCCUUCUGUCCAACACUAUCAACCGCCUUAAAGACACAGGCUAUCAGAGACUAGACUUGAACAAGCUGAGCCCCAACGACAGCGACACAGUGAGGGGCCAGAUAGUGCUGAGCCUGCAGUCGAGGGACCGCAUAGGAACAGGAGGUCCUGUUGUCGACUGCAGUCGGCUCUUUGACAAUGAUCUUCCAGAUGGCUGGGAGGAGAGGAGGACGGCGUCCGGGCGAAUCCAGUACUUGAACCACAUCACGCGCACCACACAGUGGGAGAGGCCUACCAGGCCUGCCUCGGAGUACUCCAGUCCUGGCCGGCCGCUCAGCUGCAUCGUAGACGAGAACACACCAGUGAGCACGAAUGGCGCCACGCCCACAGCAGUGUUGCCGACAAGUGACGGCGACCAGCGAGUUCAAGAGAGACGAGUCAGAUCUCAGAGGCACCGCAACUACAUGAGCAGAACCCACCUGCACACGCAUCCAGACCUCCCUGAGGGAUACGAGCAAAGGACGACACAACAAGGCCAAGUUUACUUUCUCCACACUCAGACCGGGGUCAGCACGUGGCACGACCCCAGAGUACCCAGAGACCUGAGUAAUGUGAACUGUGAGGAACUAGGUCCUUUACCACCAGGAUGGGAGAUAAGGAACACCGCCACAGGAAGGGUUUACUUUGUCGAUCACAACAACCGAACCACACAGUUCACAGACCCGCGCCUUUCCGCUAACCUGCAUCUCGUCUUAAAUCCAAGUUCCAAUGGCUCUCGAGGAAACAAUGAAAGUCAAAAUGUCAGUCGUCAGAACCAGAUGAAGGAUCAGGCCCAGCAGGCUCUGGUGUCCCCCAGUCAGCUCCCAGAGGAGGCGGAGUGUCUAACGGUCCCCAAAUAUAAGAGGGAUCUGGUCCAGAAGCUGAAGAUCCUCAGGCAGGAGCUGUCCCAGCAGCAGCCUCAGGCGGGCCACUGCCGCAUCGAGGUGUCCCGUGAGGAGAUCUUUGAGGAAUCGUAUCGACAGGUGAUGAAGAUGAGGCCGAAGGACCUGUGGAAAAGGCUAAUGGUCAAGUUUAGAGGUGAAGAAGGGCUGGACUACGGAGGAGUGGCCAGGGAAUGGCUCUACCUGCUGUCGCAUGAGAUGCUGAACCCGUACUACGGCCUGUUCCAGUACUCGCGAGACGACAUCUACACACUCCAAAUCAAUCCAGACUCUGCUGUCAAUCCUGAGCACUUGUCUUACUUUCACUUCGUGGGCCGCAUCAUGGGGAUGGCGGUGUUCCACGGCCACUACAUAGACGGAGGUUUCACUUUACCCUUCUACAAACAGCUGCUCGGUAAACCCAUCACCCUGGACGACAUGGAGUCCGUUGACCCCGACCUGCACAACAGCCUUGUUUGGAUUCUGGACAAUGACAUCACAGGUGUGCUGGACCACACCUUUUGUGUCGAGCACAACGCUUACGGAGAGAUCAUCCAGCACGAGCUCAAGCCCAACGGUAAAAGCAUCCCCGUCACACAGGAAACCAAGAAAGAGUACGUCCGCCUCUACGUCAACUGGCGUUUCCUGCGAGGCAUCGAGGCCCAGUUUCUGGCUCUGCAGAAGGGCUUCAAUGAGGUCAUCCCCCAACACCUGCUCAAGGCCUUCGACGAGAAAGAGCUGGAGCUCAUCGUGUGCGGCCUGGGGAAGAUCGACAUCAACGACUGGAAAGGCAACACGCGCCUGAAGCACUGCACGCCCGACAGCAACAUUGUUAAAUGGUUCUGGAAAGCUGUGGAGUCUUUCGAUGAAGAGCGCCGAGCGCGGCUGCUGCAGUUCGUCACGGGUUCCUCCAGAGUUCCCCUGCAAGGCUUCAAGGCUCUUCAAGGUGCUGCCGGUCCUCGACUCUUCACCAUCCACCAGAUCGACGCCAGCACUAACAACCUGCCCAAAGCCCACACCUGUUUCAACCGGAUUGACAUUCCACCUUACGAGACCUACGACAAACUGUAUGACAAGCUGCUCACUGCCAUCGAGGAGACGUGCGGCUUCGCCGUGGAGUGACUCUGUGGAGUUGGCGUUUCCACAGUGACGCCACGCCGUCCUUAAGAGUCCAUGCAGACGGAGGGGCCUGGGGGGGGUUCAUGGACGAUCGCUGCAACAAGUGAAGCUCAAACAAGAGAGGACCUGAAGUCAUGUGACUGUGCGUCAUGGUGACAGCUUCACGUCCUCCUUGGUGUCAUUUUUUUAAUCAUUGAAAGGAUCUCUUCAGCUGCUAAUAACUAUUUACUAACUUGUGGAACCUGCAAAGCUUUUCUGGCUCUUCCUUUUUUUCUAAGUUCAUUUUAGCAUUUUUAAAAACGACCUUUUUCCAUGUAGCAGAGCUUCAUCACGAGGUCAAUCCGUGCUGAAACAAUAACCGCAGUUACAAGAGCACUCUUUGUGAGAGGACACGGUUACUAAUCGGUCCCAGCAGCUCGUUGGAAACACUAAACGUGGAUGCAGAGUGGGAAUGACUUGUGGACAGACUGGGACGUCCGGCUGCAGCCGACUGUUUACAACCUUCUCCAAACCGGCAGCAGGGACCUCUGUUCCCAGACGUCGCCCAAACACAAGAAACCCCAGCUUCACACUCUAGCUGGGUUUGAAAAGGAAUAAAUAAAGGAAUAUCUUAAAAUGUGAUAUUUUUGUAUAACAGGAAAAACCAGAAAACAAUAAAUUCUAUAUAAUAUAUUUAAUUUAUUGCAGUUCUAUUUCUGAAAGCCCCUUUCCAGUGUUGAAGGAAAAGUCGAUUUUUUUUUUUUUCCUCAUGGUGAGUGUUACAGUUUCUAGAAAUAUUCAAAGCAGAGUUGAGCUUAAUGUAGUCUCACUGAAAGAUGCUGUGGUUCCUUUUUGACAGAAUCUCUCAUCUUCUUUUGGGGGGGAGUUUGUCUUAAAGGCAAACAUCCUCAUUUCCUCUCAGUGCCAUAAACAUUCUUGAAAGAAUAUCUUGACCCUUUAAAUUCAAUACAUGUUAUCUUGGAGCUGCAUACAGUGGUGGGAUGGUUCAUCACUUUUGGUUUAUAGCUGAGAAGCAUUUUUGGGUAAUGCCGUUUUUUCUCAUAAAGCCAAAAGUCCACGGCUUUCUGCUGCCUUUGCGUCAUUCAAAAGAAUAACUUUACUACCUUUCAGCCGUGUGGUGCUUUCUAGAGUGUUGGCAGCCUUUCAGACCGACAUACUACUGCUUGAAAUGCGCCACUCAUGGUCCACCAAGCCACCUUCUCAGGAGACGUCAUGGUUUUAUGAUUUAAAACGGGCUCCGCCCACUUUUUAUUCAUUUUUUUUUAAUGAAUUUGCAUCAAUGUGCCCACAGCAGACCAGUAGAUGUUGCAUGUCUGUGUAUGUGCUUUGCUUGAAAGUAAUAUGAGUGAGACGACUCCUGUUUUUAGCCUGCUUACAGUCCUGGGGGGGUUUAUUAGAGGAGGGGGCGUUUUCUACAACUAAAAGUGAAUUUUUUUUUUUUUAUGUUUUUAAAAGAUACUGCCCAUCUUGCAAACUCUUAAGACUGUGGACUGUUCUCAGCAUUUGCAUACUCUUUAACACACACACACACACAGAAAACAACUUUUGUAUGCAAAAUGAAAACUGUCCUUAGAUGGUGCUUUGUACAGUAAGAAGAUAUUGUUCAUAUAUGUGGAUCAAACAAACUGUAAUUUAUCUUUAACUUAAGUGGAAGAGUUUUCUUGACCUGCAAAGAGGAAUUGCACACAAACAGAACAAGGUCACGUUGUGUGUAUAGAGGUGACUUUCUGUACCAGAUGCUCAAGUUUAAGUCCAGUGCACAAGCCGACGGUUCUGCUGUCCCCACACGACCCGCGCAGCAGGGCCCGGUAUCUGCCGCCUGAACAACUCAGCUUUUUCUUAAACAAGUUGAAGGAUGCCGCUCUCAUUGUUUUUAUGUUUUUUUUGUUUUGUUUUUUAUUGCAUGAUCCACUUGCAGAACAAUUUAGCUGACCGAUGCAAUUUUUAUGUAUGUUAACACUAUUAUUUUGUAAGAGUAUUUUAUUUUUGUGUGUAACUAGUUCUUAUUAAACUUGCCUUUGUCUAACAAUCUAAGGCCUUGUAAAUA